AGUCUACUUUUAAUUUAGAAUAUUUUUCGACGCGAGUGUUGGUGUUAAAAUCUCGUUUCAUAGUUUUUUUUAAACUUUACAAUGUUUAUUCUUGUAUUAAGUGCUUAAAUAUUUUGAUGGAACUUUAUUGUAAGUGUAAGUGUUAAAUGCUUUCGAAAUGUCGAAGAAUAAGAUCGCCGCUCGUAUUGACAGUCAAAGUGUGGAAGUAAAGACUAAGUUUGAUGCAGAAUUCAGACGUUUCUCCUUAAACAAAUCAGAAAAACUGAAAUAUGAGGAUUUUAAAGCAUUAAUAGAGAAAUUACAUGGACUUCAUGAUGUGACCUUUUUAAUAAGUUAUACCGAUCCUCGGGAUGGUGACCUUCUACCAAUCAAUAAUGAUGAUAAUUUGGCUCGGGCGUUACUUACAGCAAGGCCAUUGUUAAGGGUUAUAAUUCAAAGGAAAGGUGACAGUCUAGAAGAACUAAAUGGCUAUGGUACGAUGCGACCUAGGAAUAUAAUCUCGUCAAUAUUGAGUGGAACGCCAGCCAAGAACAAAGGUCUCGCUAUAUCCAACCCACAUGAUUUUAGAAUGGUAUCAGCAAUUAUUGAUGUAGAUAUAGUACCAGAAACAUGUAGAAGAGUAAAGCUGCUCAAACAUGGAUCAGACAGACCGCUUGGCUUUUUUAUAAGAGACGGAACCUCGGUCCGCGUGACGCCAAAUGGCGUGGAACGGUCCCCGGGCAUCUUCAUCUCCAGACUGGUGCCUGGGGGACUGGCUGAGUCCACGGGUCUGCUGGGAGUCAACGAUGAAGUGUUAGAGGUCAACGGAAUUGACGUUUCUAAUAAGACCUUGGAUCAGGUGACAGACAUGAUGGUAGCGAAUUCGUCGAAUCUAAUAAUAACGGUUCGUCCAGCGAACCAACGGGCGGGUCUACCGGUCGUCGAAGCCAGUCGCAACUCACAACCUUCGAGCGAGCCUGAUGAAGAUAGAUUCGACCAAGAAGACCAAGACGAGAUAGUAGACCUUACAGCUGUGACCCUGCAGGACCAAGAACACACUUACCAGCCUCUAGGAAAGGACGAUGGCCAGAUACUUCAUCUCUAGUACAUACUUCAAAGGUUUCAUAAUGAAAAGUGAGGGUAGUCCUGCAUAUACGCUAAAAUGAGGGUAGUACUAAAUGAGAUGAAAUUUAUAAGGCAUAGCAAAGCAAUUAUAUGUAACUUACACAAAACGAAAGUGAACAAAUAGUUAGGUAACUUAAGUGAUUAGGAAAGCGCCUUAUUGUUAACAGAUAUCGUCCAGGCAACCCUAAGGAAAAAUUACUAUGGGAAAAGUCUAAGUCACUUCAACUAUAAACGAAAGUAAGCUUAUGCAUGAAUCAGAAUUACUGUUUUAAAAUAAUAUAUAUAUGGAAUAAAAACAUAGUUUUGGACGGAUAGAAUAUGGUAAAUGUUAAGGUAAAAAGCUUAGAACGAAAUCAUUAAAGCUAAAGAUCAAGUCACAUUAUACCCUUAAAUUGUAUAAUAUAAAGAUCAAAGGCAAUUUCUGCCGCGAACCACCACCAUGUGGAACCAGCUCACUAAAGUAUUUCCGAAACAAUUCGACUUUUCCAAGGUCCUUUACGAAAAGAGCGUAACAAUUCUUAAAAGGCCGGCAGGGCGCUUGCGAGCCUUCUGGCAUUGUGUUGCAUGAGCGGCGGUAUCGCUUAACAUUAGGUGAGCCUCCUGCCUGUUUGCCUCCUGUAACAAAAAAGAGAUCACCUUAUGGUUAAUAGUUUUUAUUAUAAGUAGACCAGUUCGGCACUUUUGCACCAUGUUUUACAGUUCCUACUCAAGAUUUAUUGCAUGAAGUAAUUGUCAUAAAAAAUUGUGACUUUAGAAAUUCUUUAUUACUGUGCUAUACCUUAUGCCGUAUUUUUUGUCGAUUUUGAUGUGUGACACGUUUUUAGCGUAUUUGCACUUCUGCCGAACUUCUAUCUGUGACUACAUCAAUGCCUUAAAAACAGUUAAAUAUUGGUUUGUGGAUGUUUACAAUAGUAAUACAAUGUAAUUGUAAUCGGUUCAAUUACCUAACAUUUGGAAAUAUAUUAACUGCAUUCAAAUCCUAAUUUUUUUGGUAACAGAACUUGUAUUUGUUAUAUCAUUGUGACCUUGGAUUUAAAUAAAAAUGAUAGGUAAAUAGUGCUGAAACAUUCAUAGUGUAUCAUCAUCGCAUUUAUCAUUGGUUAUAGCUUUGUUAGAAAUAAAGAGUUCCUUUGAUGGCCUUAACAUAUUGAUAAAAUUGGUCAUAAUUUGGGAGAAUUUAAAUAAGGUAUUAGUAUGUCCUUCAUAGACAAUAAAUUUUAUUGAUGUCAAGCAUUCCAUUACUUUGUUAGUUUUCCAGCAUUCCAUCUGUUCUUACUCUGUGAUUCAGAAUCGGUACUUAGAGCCAAUUAUGACUUGUCAAAUCAGAUACAUUUUUGACUUAAGGGUCAUACUUAGCUCUAAGGACCGACUCGAAAGGACACUUAGAAACGUAUUGUACUUAAGUAUUGUAUUAUACAGACAAUGAUGCUUUAGACUAAGACUUCACUUCCUAUGGAAGGUGCUAACGUUCAUGUUUUCGAGUUUAAAAUUAUAAAAAAGUAAGAAUUUAUAGUAUUCGUUAAUUUAUUAAUCAUGUUAGUUUUGCGAAUUUGUUGAUAACAUUCCAUUUAAGGUUAGUAGUGCCUUGAAUCUCUUUACUGUUGCCAAUCGAUUUGCUCGAAAUGUUUCGUCAUUGUUGAAGACAGUGUAUAGUUUGUGGCCUAAUAUUGUGCCUUGUGAGACUCCUUAGCAAUAAUUUAUAUGAAACAUUUUUACAACUAUAUAUCACAUAUUCUUAGUUGUUUAUACAAAUUUAGAUGUAAGAGGAUUUUAAUCACGUUAUCCAAAUAUUAGCGUGAACUGGAAGGGUUUACGAGAAUUUGUCAAUGAUGCUUUUAUAUUUAGUUACUCUUGUCGUUUUACUUUAGUUUAGAUCAAAGCAUUUUAGUUUAGAGCUUAUUUUAGUUAUCACUAUAUACUCCUAAGAAUUUAAGGGUAACGCCACAUAUCAGUAAGAAUCGGAAAAGCAAUUGUUCAAGUACUUACGUCAAUUAAAGUGCCUGAUUCUCGUACUUUAGCAGACACGAAAAUGUCAAAUUAGAUCUUUACGAUUUAGAUGUUGACGCUUACAUUUACGUGAAUAAAUAAAAGUUAAAUAAGGAGAAUCGAUGAAUACAUUCCAUAAACGUUUCGUUAUAAAAACGCACAGUUUUCAGAAACAUGUGCGAAGUUUUUGUAUUCGUGAUUUUGUAAUUUUGUAGGUUUUUUUUUUCAAGUAUUGUUUAUAAGUAUUAGAUUCAUUACUAUCACUGCUGUGUUAAGGGGCUACAAUUAUUUUAAUAUUUACCGACAUUAUAAUAAUUUUGUAAGAGUAGUAAGAUCGCGUUUAUAAGACUUAAAAAUUGUUUAACGCACGUUUAGCUUUUAUUAGCUAAGAGAAGAGAAGAUGCGAUGUGGCAGUUAAAAAGGAUUUCACUUUCAGCACCGCUAAUCUAUAACUUGAUAGCUAUAUGCUAGAAGAAAUCGACUUAAAGAAACCGAGGUUAUCAAUUCGUGAUAUUUUUUGCAAUUUCGAUGUAAAACUUUCUAUAUAUCGUCGCUGGUAUCACGACCUUGGCAUACAAAAAUUCAACAUUGAAGUCCGUCUAUUAAAAAUUAAAGCUAUUUUUGCUGGAAAUAAAUAUACAAACAAUAACAACUUAUAAAUAUAUAGUAAAGAAAAAUAUAAAAAGUGCUGAUAUAGGAAUUGCGUUUUGGUGGGUCAAGGAUCAAAGAUGAUGUUCGUGUAUCUUAAAGAAAAUCUUAAAAUAGCUGUAGCCCUUAAAUUAUUCAUUUAUUGUCUUCUAAAUAUCCAUGAAAUCUGGAGAAAACAUCACGCAUUUAUGCUAAUUAAAUCAGUAUUUAUUGUAUUAUCUGGAUGUACUUAAAAUUGAAAUUUUACAGUGGUUUUUAAUUGGCUCAAUAUAUUGGUCAAAAUAUAAGGAUGAAUUAUAUUGUUUACUAGAUAUAUUUACACCUUAAUUUACUUGCGUUGUAUGUAAUUAAAUAUUCUUAUUGAAA